AGGUAGUGUUUUGGAGUGACCUAAGGCCAACUGAGGGUGGUCGGAUUGUUGUUUGUUCUUGGAGCAAAAAACAAUCAGAGGUCAUAUCCUGGACUCCCAAGGGAUUUAACGCUCGGACAAGGGUUCAUGAAUAUGGAGGUGGAUCGACAUUCGUUUACAAGGGACAAGUUUACUUCACAAACUUUGAUGAUCAGAGAAUGUAUAAACAGGAAUCUCCCACAUCAACACCACAACCAAUCACACCCGAGGGCAAAGGAUUAAGGUAUAACUAAAGUAUCAAGAUUUGUAUAUCUCGCUAACAAUUGAAGGGCUUUUGUAGAUGGCAAUUUCAAGCAGAAUAUUUUAUAGAUAAUUAAUUAAUGAGACUUUAAUUAAUUACCAGAUAUGCAGAUGGUGAAAUGUGUGAGCCUGUCAAGAAGAUCAUUUGUGUUUGUGAGGAUCAUGGAGUUGUUGAAUCUGGAGAAGCAAAGGAAGCCAAGAACACCAUUGUGGCUAUUGAUCCAGAAACUCAAGAACAAUUUAUUGUGGUAUAAUGUCAGACAAUUCACCCUUUCGAAUCUGGCUAUUUGAAUAAAAUUAUUUGAAAUGAUUUAUCUGGCAAGAAAUAACAUCUUGUAAAUAUCAACUGUUUUUUAGAGAUAUAGCUGUAGCUUUGUCAGUUCUGAACUGUUCUGCCUAUGUCCAAUAAGGGCAUCUCUUGUUGUUUCACAAAGUGGCAAAAAAGAGGCAUGAUUUUAUACUUGCAAAUAAAUAAGACAUGUGAGGAGGUGUGUCUGUGCCUCAAAAGCCAGACCUGGAGGCAAAACAAUUUCAGUGACAAGCGCAUGUUCUAACCAAUGUGCCACCAAAAUCAUUAUCAAAGUUAUAACAUAAAUGCCAUUAAUUUUGUUUCAGUGUGAAGGUGCUGAUUUCUAUUCAUCUCCAAGAGUUUCCUCCAGCAGUGGCACUCUGGCUUGGAUUCAGUGGAACCAUCCCAAUAUGGUAAUUAUUACUGAAAAUGAAGUGAUCUGUUUUACAUUAUUUCAUGUAAAUUUACACUGAAUUAUUUCUAACAUUACAGCCAUGGGAUACUGUGGAGCUCUGGACUGGUCAACUGAGUACUGAUGGGGAACGUUUGGUAGAAGGUUCCGCUCAGCAGGUGCGGUCAAAUCUCUACAAUACAUUAACACCUCAAGAGCAGAGCAAAGUGUUCUGUAUUAACCAUUUAAGCUGCAUUUGCACCCUGAUGCACCCAGAAUAUAUUUUACUCUGUCUAAUGCCAGAUGAUUUUAUUUGUCAAGGAGAGAGUACUGCAUGCUCAAUGGGUUAAAGAUGUGUCUGCAACUGAAAGAUUUUUUGAUAAUCUUUCCUGUUAAUAAACUCCUGUGUUUCUUGUAAACUGUGUGGAAAAAUUCUCAAUAGCCACACAAUCUAAACAGAAAAAAGAUAUGCAAUGGCUUUUUGUUUUGACUGAGUGGCUGUUGAGAAGUUUUCCAUGGAGUUUUAUAUCCUUUUGUGGGGUUACCAGCGCUGACCUCGCAAUUUCUGUUUCGAACAGAUCUCUUGUAAUGAUGGUGUGAGUCUUAUGCACCCAAGGUGGACAGCUGAGGGUGCACUAUUCUUCAUCUCUGACAGAUCUGAUUGGUGGAACUUGUACGAGUAUAUCUUCGACACCGAGGACGAACGUGAUGUGUUUCCAGUUGAAAAGGAAAUUGGAAUGCCACAUUGGAUAUUUGGUCGAUGUAGUUAUGAACCACAUCCUAAAAAUCCCAAAAUAUUAGCAGUUGUGUGUGGUGGGGUGGGUAUUUCAUGGUUUUAA